CCGUGAAAUUGUUCCCUCUGGCAGUUUGAGAGGUGGUGGCUGGGUUCACAAUAAUGUCGUCCAGAAAGCCACGGUCCGUGGCAAACCCACUGGAGUCAGCGAUCACCACUCCCAGUGAGAGGAUCCUGAAGGAAUGUCACGGCUUAUAUAUCGACAACGAAAACGGCCUGGUAAAAAUCGCCAGCAGCCUUGGGCUCCGUCUCUUGCCUCCCAGAAAGAAAAUCAUUGUGAUGAUAAUGGGAAACCACUCUGCAGGGAAGAGCUCCUUCAUUAAUUGGUAUGUUGAAGAGCACAUACAGAAAACAGGCGUCGCCAUUGAAACGCAGGGGUUUACAUUCAUCACAAGCGGUCGCAAAAGAGAAUCAUUGACGGGGAACGCGACGCUUCAUCUCUACCCACACUUUCGCCCCCUUCUGGAGUUCAAAGGUGUGACGGACUACCUGUCUGCUGAAAUCUCCACCUCCAAGCAGAAGAAGUUCAACCUGGUGACCUUCGUGGAUACUCCAGGUCUGGUCGACGGGGACAUGAUCUAUCCUUUCGACGUCAACUGCGCCAUCACCUGGUUGGGAGAACAGGCCGACUUGAUAUUCGUGUUCUUCGACCCGAUGGGCCAGGCGCUGUGCAAACGCACGCUCAACAUCGUGGAGAGGCUGAGCGAGAAGUGUGGCGACAAGCUGAUGUUCUACCUCAGCAAAGCAGACGAAGCUGGGAAGGAAACGGACAGACAGAGGGUGAUGAUGCAGAUAGUCCAGGAGCUGUGUCGCCGCCCAGGUCUCAACAAAUGUGGUUUUGAGAUGCCGACAAUUUACAUCCCUAACCCACAGAAGCCGAGCAGAUGCGUGAACCAGAUUGAUGGGGUUUGUCAGACCAUCGAGAAAACCAUCAACCAGGCUGUUCAGAAGACGCUGGACCAGCUGGAGAAAGACUGCGACCUGAUUUGUUCCACCAUCCACGGCAGACUGGAGCAGGACAGGGCUGACGUGACUUACAGCAGAAGUGUCCGUCUCCACUCCUUCCUGUGUGGAGCUGUGGGCGUUUUCCUCCCCGUCCUCUUCAUCCUCAGUUUCAUCGUGAGCACUUUCUCUAAAGAGCAGCUGGGCGAGAUGCUGGGUGAAGGUGCAGCGCUGACCUUCACCAUCUUUACAGGAGUGGUGCUAUAUUUUUGGGAAUGGAUACCAGAAGAUGGACAAGUCGUGUUUGUUAUAGUUUUUGGGGCGUUUUGCUACCUCCUGCUUCUCCUCGCUAAGCACUUUGCUGGCAAAAGGGUUAAGACUCUGUCAAAGAAGGAGAAGCGAGUGAUGACAGACUACAGAGAUUAUAUCCAGGAUAUUGUCAAAACCAAGAAGGGAAAAUUGUACGAGUGGUACCUCCAGCAGUGUGCAGCAGAAUAUGACCUCUGACCCCAAUCUGCAGGUGAAACGUCCGGUCCAGACAAGAUCACUGCCACAUUUACCGUCUCAACAAAAAAAAAGUGCCUCUGUCUUUGAGUUCAGGAGAAACUGUGAUUGUAGCCGUUUAUCAAAAUGUGAAUAUGAAAGUUUUGUACGUAGAAAUGAUGGUGUUUACAAACGGAAACAUUUUCUUCCAAUCGCAGCUGUUUUUAUCAACACAUUUCUUUGACGUCAUCGUUGACAUGAAGUUUCACCGCACAGUCCUAAAGUCUGUCAUGUUCAGAUGCCAGAAUAUGUUUUUUGUUCUAUACUGUUAAAGGUACAGUGU